AUCCACUGCAGCUCCUUGGAUAUCUUUGACGAUUCUGAAUGGAGUCGCGCUCAUUGAGCGGUCAAGGCGCCGGGCCGUCGACGAGCUAUGGGACCGCUUCAGCAGAUGGAACUGGACCUUCUUCAUCGCCGACACUGCCAACGUCACGCUACGCUUCGAACGAACCAUCCACUGCGAUGGUCCCAUCAUCGCGUAGCUCGUUGCCUCCGAUUUCAACGUCGGGUCCGUCGGCCUUUCCGAAGCCGUACUCGACUGCGUUACUAAAUGCCGCCGACGUUCGUUCCCCAUUGCUCAAGCGAACUUCGCCCCAAACCUAUGGGAGUGUUCCGAGUAGUCCUGUGAUACCAUCUACUGCUGUGGCGAAGAACAAGGUGUGGAACGACAAGAAAGGCGAAAAGAGCGCGUGGGAUUACAUCCACAUGGACGUGCGCCGACAAAGCCGCGAUCGUCUCAGUCGAUUUCUCGACCAGAGCGACGUUGGCUCGAUUGUGGACAUCGUCGAGGCAGUGUCGGCGGUCGCGUUCGCGUGCAUAUACGUCACCUACACUUACCUUCCUGACGAUGCGCACCUCGUGUACUUGUGGCACGCGGAAUUGCUCCUCGCGAGCUUCUUCUUGAUCGACUUUGCAUUCCGCGGCAUCGCGUUGUCCACGGAACCUCUUGACGACAUGUUGUCAUUCACCGGUUUCGUGAACUUGGGCACGAUCUUCCCCGUCUUGCCUGUGUCGUUCUUCAUGGCAAACUACAACUUUUGGACGUCGGGCACGUUUUGGCGCUUCGUGUACCCCCUUCGGUUCCUCAAGGUGUACGUGGAAGUGCGUCGUGUGAUCAACCGCUUCCACAACGACAUGACGCCGCUCACGCUGUUCGCCGUGAACGCGUAUUUGCAGAUCUUUUGCCUGCUCUUUUGCUCGGGCGGGGUCAUCCAGAUUGCCGAGACAACGUACGGAGACAUGGACACGUACAAUGGCGAGUGGACGUUUUUCCACUCGUGCUUCAACUCGCUGCUGUUGUUCGUGGCGAUGAACUACCCCACGGCCGACAACACGCUGACCAAGUGCUUUGUCAUGUUCUUGAUCGUGCUGCUCAUCAUCGUCGUGCCGUACCAGCUCUCCAUCUUCUUUGAAAUCUACGGGUCGUACUCGUCCUACGAGUAUGCCGUGCUCACGCCGUCCAAGCGCAUGAAGCACAUCGUCCUCUGCGGCGACCUCACGCCCAACCGCAUCGAACAGUUCUUCAACGAAAUCUUCCAUGAAGACCAUGACCUUGUGGACACGCGCGUCGCCGUCAUGUCAGACGAAGACCCGUCGUCUGAUCUCGUCGCCAUGUUGCUGGAUCCGUUCGUGGCGAAACGCACGACGUUUCUGAAAGGGUCGAUUCUCCACGAUUAUGAUGCCGCGCGCGCGUCGUGUGCGACGGCCAGCGCCAUAUUCGUCCUCACCCGCAAAGUUGGCCAGGAAGACGUCAACUUGUCCGACCAUCGGACGUUCAUGCGAGCCAUGGCGGCGCAUCGAGUGGCCAAAGACGUGCCCAUCUACGCACAGCUGCACCUGUCGUCGAACAAGCAUCUGUUCCAUGACAUUGAGCAGAACAACGUGCUGUGCUUUUCCGAAGUGAUUCACUCGAUCUUGGCGCAGAAUUGCCUCUGCCCCGGCUUUUCCACGUUCAUAUACAACCUCACGACCACCGCGGGAUGCGAAACUGAGUUGGACGAUACGUGGGAAUCUCGAUACCUGCACGGCGCCAGCCACGAGCUGUAUUCGGUCCAGCUUCCCCCGCCCCACGUGAUUGAAGGCCUGACGUUCGCCGAAGUGUCUGCGUGGGUGUAUUCGCGGUGCAACGGAGUGAUUUUGUUUGCGAUCCACGUGCUGUCGGCAGAUGGCCAUGGCACGAUUGUACUCAACCCGGGCAGCACGUACUGGUGCCGCGGCAACGAAAUCGGGUUUGUGAUUGCCAAAGAUCGCAAAACGGCCGACAACGUGACGUCGAUGGCCAAGGAAACGACGCCGAAACAGCCGGGUGUGUCAAGCCACAGCAUGCUCAAAGCCGACAGUCUGCACGACUUGGCUAUAAUCGCGGACGUGCCGAAAAAGAAAGGAACCAGCAGCGCCACCACCCCGGGUGGAGGUGGCCCCCAAGCGUUGAGGAAGAAGCGCAACUCGCGGAUGUUGAUGUGGUCGGCCAAGGAAUCGAAACCCGCAGGCCAGAUACACAAACGCACGUUGAAAGAGUGCGUCGUGUUCGACAUGACCAAGCUCAAGCUGUCGUCGUCGCCCAUCGUCGUGUGUCUCUUGGCGCCGACGUUUCCCGACCACAUGGAGUACUUUGUCGUGCCGUUGCGCAGCCCCGUGAUCAAGGAGCACCAUCCGAUCGUGUUUUUGACGCAUAAACUGCCCACCCGCGAGUCGUACGAGCCGCUGUCGUGCUACUCGGACCUGUACUUUGUCGAAACCACCAAGAUCUGCUUGGAAUCCCUCAAGCGGGGCGGCGUCGAGAUCGCGCGACGCAUUGUGCUCAUGUGCGGCGGCGGCGAGUUUGCCGAAACGAGCAGCGCCGAGUUGCUCGCCGACGCGUCGUCGAUUGCUACGCACAAAAGCAUCACAAGCCUGCUGGGACCUGCCCGGGCGCCCAGCGUGAUUACGGAACUGGUGAAUCGGUACACAAAGCUAUGUCCAUGAUUGUGAAAACUGAUUGAUUGUCGUGCGGCAUGAUGAUGCGAUCGAUAAUAUAUAUAGGGCAAAUGUGCAUUUUAUCUCACACAACAUUGGGUCGACGCCGUGGUUCACGGCAGACGACGACCCGAACAGCGAGCUGUCACUCGUGGACGCCGGCAGCUUCUCCAGAUCGCGCGCGUUUGCGUCGGGCUUGACGUACAGCACGUCGCUGUGCGAUAGUCUCAUGAUCAACCAGUUCUUCAACCCCAUGAUCAAAAACAUCGUCCGCGAGUUUGUCUUUUCGGCCCUUCGCGCGGUAGAGUCGUCGCCAUCAUCAUCGUUGGCCCCUCGUUGACUCGUCAUUGUUCGUAGCACACGGCUGUGUUUCCCAACGUGAGCUCGCCAGUCAAAGCCGGCGCCCCCGCCCGCAUGGCCGUCCAGCGCAGCGCGUUGUUCACGUGUGAGAUGCCCAUGGACUUUGUGGGCAAGACCUUUGGCUACGUGUUCGACCACCUCCUCGCCUCGGACGCCAUCCUGACGUUGGGAAUCUACCGCUGUGUCGACCACACGGCGCUGGCGGAGGCAUCGACGCCGUUGCCGCCCAUGUCCCCCACGGGGAUGGAAGAGGUUACCCCUCCCCCCGAGCCCUUUGAAGAAGGCGCGCUGACCCCCCUGAUCAACCCCACCAGUCGCAUUGAAAUUCCUGAACAGCACCGACCGGUUCCGUACGGAUUUGCGUACGUCAACCCCAAGCCCUAUGACAUCAUGACUGGGAACGACCUUAUCUACGUCCUGGCGCACAAGCAGCCAUAUUGGAUUUCGUAAGCGAAAUGUAUUGAAUAUAGUGUUACAGACCACUUGUUUCUUUUGCCAAAAAACUACUCGAAUUUGAUUGGCUCACUGAACAUCCAAUCCGAUCCAGCAAUCGCGCAUUGGGUCCGCCACCCUAAAAAUCUCGGAUGAUGAUGCAGACGUCGGUGCGUG